AUUACAAAGGAGGGAAACCAGUUGUUAGGUGCCCACAGAAUGAACGCGUCUAUACCUAAUCUGGUGUAUGCAUUCAUGCUGAAGAUGACAGCAGCCAUCAAAGUUGCUGUCCAGAUUUCACCGGUUCUAGUUUUGGUUCUCUCCAGCCUCUAUAAAUACCCUUAAGAAUUCAUUCCAUUCAUGUCAAAGAGAAGAUAAGUCCUGCUAUUAGAAAUAGUAAGAAAAUUGAAGUAGUUGUGUUUAGUACAAGAGAAGAGACUUUUAUUCCGAAGAAGAUGUGGCUGAUGAUGAAGGUUUUCCUCUUGCAAAUUUUAGCAUUUCUUCUUUUUGGUGGUGGCCUCCAUUGCAAAGCUUCAACCCGUCGGCAUACUUUUGUGGUGAGGGAAGCUUCAUAUACAAGGCUUUGUAGCACCAAGAACAUCUUAACAGUAAAUGGACAAUUUCCGGGACCAACUAUAUAUGCUAAGAAAGGAGAGACGAUCAUUGUCGACGUUUAUAACAGGGGAAAACAAAACGUCACCAUUCAUUGGCAUGGGGUGAAGAUGCCUAGAUAUCCAUGGACAGAUGGUCCUGAGUAUAUCACACAAUGUCCAAUUCCCCCAGGAUCAAAGUUUAGCCAGAAGAUCAUCCUUUCCUCUGAGGAAGGGACUCUAUGGUGGCAUGCUCAUAGUGAUUGGACCCGAGCCACUGUUCAUGGAGCUAUAAUUGUCUAUCCCAAGAAUGGAACCAAGUAUCCUUUUCCUAAACCUAAUGCAGAAGUUCCUAUCAUAUUAGGAGAAUGGUGGAAGAGUGACGUGAAUGCAGUUCUAGAGGAGAUGCUUGCAACCGGAGCUGACCCCAAUGUCUCUAAUUCUUACUUAAUAAAUGGACAACCUGGGGAUCUACAUCCAUGCUCAAAAUCAAGCACAUUCAAGUUAAUGGUGAAUCAUGGAAAGACCUAUCUACUUCGCAUAAUCAAUGCUGCCUUGCAAGACAUUCUCUUCUUUUCCAUUGCCAAGCAUAAAAUGACAGUGGUUGGAACAGAUGGUAGCUACACCAAGCCAUUGACACGAGAUUAUAUCACAAUAUCACCUGGCCAAACCUUCGAUGUCUUACUAGAAGCUAACCAACGCCCGGGUCACUAUUACAUGGCGGCUGAAGUUUAUUCCAGUGCCCAUGGAGUCAAGUAUGAUAACACAACCACCACAGCUAUUGUACAGUACAGGGGAUACUACACUCCAACUUCACCUCCCUCUUUGCCUCAUCUUCCUGAGCACAAUGACACAAAUGCGUCGGUUCACUUCACGGGCAGCCUCCGAAGCUUAGCGGAUGCAGAACAUCCUUGCAAUGUCCCAUUAAACAUAGGCACUAAAUUGAUUUACACUAUUUCUAUGAACACGUUCCCAUGCGCCAAUAAUUCGUGUUUAGGGCCCAAUAAGUCACGGCUCGCUACAAGUAUAAACAAUAUAAGCUUCCAAUCCCCGACAAUCGACAUACUACAAGCCUACUAUUAUAACAUCAGUGGUGUAUAUGGAGAUAAAUUUCCUAGCCAUCCACCACUGGUGUUUGAUUUUACAGCUGAGUAUCCUCCAUUAAAGUAUGAGACGCCGAGAAAAGGAACAGAAGUAAGGGUGCUCGAGUAUAACUCCACAGUGGAGAUUGUUUUUCAAGGGACAAACUUGGUUGCAGGGACAGACCAUCCCAUGCAUCUCCAUGGAUAUAGUUUUUAUGUUGUUGGAUGGGGAUUUGGGAAUUUCGAUAAAAAUAGGGACCCUUUGCGCUAUAAUCUGGUGGAUCCUCCCCUUCAGAAUACCAUCGCUGUUCCUAAGAAUGGUUGGACUGCAAUCAGAUUCAAGGCAUCCAACCCUGGAGUGUGGUUCAUGCACUGCCAUUUAGAGCGCCAUCUGAGUUGGGGCAUGGACACUGCGUUCAUAGUGAAAAAUGGUAAACACCCAGAAGCUCAAAUGCUGCCUCCGCCAUCCGACAUGCCACCAUGUUGAAGCUGCAAAGAAUUAACAUGCCAAAGAUUUCAUUGAAUAUUUGUAUUAUUGAGCUUUCAUUAUUUAUUUUUUGUUCAAAUAAAUUGUUAGUAAGUUAGUAUUCCUCUUCAAUUAAAAAAACAAGAAUAAUGUAAAGUUGUAGAAUAUUGUGUCUGGGAUUAUUAAUUUGUCAAUUUCUUGGAUUGUUAAAGUGAAUAAAGAUUGUGGACUUUACAAUAA